AUAUGCAAAUUAGCCCAGGGCAGAGAUUACCAUGGUCGUGUGUACGUGGCGGUCAUGAACAUAAACAUGCUAGAUAUUGAUUUGAUAUUGCAUCACUAUAGAGGUCUCAGGAAAGUACUUGUCUGUGUUUAGCCCGUUCAUGCUCACGCAGGACUGACAGACCGUCUCAACUCGUUCCAUCACAAACAAGGAAGUGGGAUCACAGCGGUAUUUCAAGUAGGUCGGAUGAAAUGGCACAUUCAGGUGUGGCUCAAGAAGACUUACAGUGCCCUAUAUGUACGGAGUUCUUUGAUAAGCCCAAGCUGCUUCCGUGUGGACACAGAAUUUGUUCAGCAUGCCUCAACAAUUACGUGCAGUCUUUAAAUAUGCAAGGCUGUACAUGUCCAUUAUGUAAGAAGCCUUUCACGGGAAAUCAAGAACUGCCAAUUGAUCACAUCCUCCAGGAUCUGAUCAAGGGCAGAAAAAGCCUUUCGUACGACAAGUGCCAGGUCCAUGGCUUACACCAAAGUCGCUACUGCUGCACCUGCUCUAUGCCUGCUUGCGCUGAGUGUGUCAUCGAAACCCACCGACAUUGUAAACAGGUGAUGCCUAUGGAACGUGCUCUAAGUUCAAUGGAAGCACACAUGCGAAGAGUCUCAAAAGAACUGGAUAAAAUCAUCGUGGAUAUAAAAUCAUCGGAAAAUAUGGCUUCCUCCAAGAUGAAAGACUUAUUGCAGGAGAAUGCUGAGGCAGUGGAACAACUGGAAAAGGUCAAGGUCGAUUUCAUGACCCAUAUGACAAAUAUGCAGGCAUCCCUAAAUCAGGCAAAUCAGUGCAAUGUGACACAGCUCCAGGAAUAUAUAGGAAGGCUUAAGCUCCUCGUGUCAAAGGCCGAGGAAAUGAACAGUGAUUUGAAGGCAAGUCUGAAGAGCGGAUCGAGUGAAAGAAUAUCACGAUCAAUAGUAACACUUGAAGGAAAGCAGGGGUUCCUGCGCACAAUACCCCAACGCUUGAAGGAGAAGUUGAAGCUUAAAAGGCAGCUGACAGAGAUGCCAUCAGUAGAAAUGGGACAUACCACUUUCAGGAAUGAGAACUUCCAGACUGUCAAAUCAAAUACUUGUCUUACAUACAGUAUAUUCAUAGUGAAAUUAUUCAUAAUCUUAAUAUAUUUAUUAGUGUUUGCAAUGAUAGUGGUUAUCUCCUACGACCGUUUUACUAACUGCUAUGAGUUUUAUCAUGCUCCAAACUGGAACACAUAUGGACUUUGCCGUUUUAUAUAUUCUGCAUAGAAAAGAUUUCGUCAGAUGAGAGACACAGAACUGACGAGUGAACUACUUCUAUCUACAGCUCUUUAAAAAUUUGAAAAAGGAGAUUUUUAAUGUUUCUCAGGUGAAAGUUGGCAGAUUGACAUAUCUUGGUUAUAUGAUGUUUUAUGCUGAGCUGCUGGUCUAAAGUGCCUCCAAGAUUUCUCACCUUGACAGAGGCUGUGAUAGGAUACCCUGCAACAUCGAGUUGGUGAAUUGCGUUGCAGAGUGAAAUGUUCUUCUUAGAGCGAGUAUGAUUAGUUCAGUCGUCUCCUCGUUCAGCUUGAGUAGCAGUGGUGUCAUCCAAGAUUUUAUGUCUGUACAGCACUUUUCAAAGGAUGCUCUUUUCACUAAAGAUCCUGAAGUUGGAAAACCAGAAUAUAACUGGUUGUCGUCUGCAUACUGAUGCUGACCGAGAUCAUGAUAGUCUGCGAUAGAAUUGAGGGAGUUGAAGGCGUAGUGGGCCCAGUACUGAGCCUUGGUGAACACAUCUUUUAAGCCUGGACUCUGGAGACUCGAUUGAUAUCAACGCACUGGGAUCUGUCAGAGAGAUAGGACAUGAACCAAUCCAGGACACUGGAGUUUAAGCCAAACUGUGAGAGGAGACAUGUGGUGAGAAUACUAUGGUCGACGGUAUCGAAUGCUGCAGACAGAUUCAGUAAUACCAGAGCUGUAACAUUGCCUCUGUCCAAGGAUUUAAGUUCGUCAUUAAUAACUUUGAUAAGCAGUUUCGGUACUAUGACCCGUUCUGUACGCUGAUUGAUGUUUCUCAUAAAGGUCAUUGUUGACGAGAUACUCUUUAAGGCGGGUGGCAACUGCCAUCUCUAUUACCUUCGAUAGGAAUGCCAGGUUAGACAUUGGUCUAUAGGUCUAUUGUUCUUGUGCAUGCCACCUUUCUUUAGCAACGGUGUGAUAAUGGCUCUCUUAUUCCAUUAAAAUGCAUAGCUUCUC